CCAACACCCGUAAGGCUACUGUAGUAAAAAACUGGGCGGAGUCUGAAUGACGUUGGAAAACUCAAUGGCUGCUUCCAUGACUGUUUCAGGAACUGAUAACACUGAGUAGGAAUUAUUUUGGGGUCUCUUAUUCCAGGAGAGUGAGAGCCACCGUACUGACAGGAUGUUCCGUGUUAGAAUUUUGCCUGCUUUGGCAGGACUAGCUGCUGUUUCUAGGCGAUUCUAUGGUGCUGGAAUUCCUUUGAAAAACAGACGGCGGAUGAUGAUGGUAGCCUUUUUUGGAGCAACGGCAGCAACUGCUUCUGCAGGAUUAUUGUGGAAAACUGCCUAUGCAGAGUCUGCCUCAUCAGUGAAGCAUUCCUCAAAGGAUGAAGCUGUAGAAAGAGAAGAUGAAGAUCUUGAUGAAGGAGAGCUAGAAUCAAGUGAUGAGGAAACCAAGACUGAAGGGAGGAAGAAGAAAAGAGUUGGAUUCAGAGAUCGGAAGGUGAUGGAAUAUGAGAACAGAAUCCGUGCCUAUUCUACUCCAGAUAAAAUUUUCCGAUACUUUGCCACACUGAAGGUUUUGAAUGAGCAUGGAGAUUCAGAAGUCUUCAUGACUCCACAAGACUUUGUUAGAUCUAUAACUCCCAAUGAAAAGCAGCCAGAAAAUUUAGGACUGGACCAGUUCAUCACUAAACGAUAUGAUGGAAAGCAGGACUUUUGGCAGAAUGAGAAGCUGAACCAGGAAAGAGAGAAGUUUGCCAAUGAAGACAGUAUUUUCUAUGCCCUCGGAGAAUGUGGACUAAUUUCAUUUUCUGAUUACAUCUUCCUCACUACUGUCUUGUCCACACCUCAGAGGAACUUUGAAAUUGCCUUCAAGAUGUUUGAUUUGAAUGGUGACGGUGAAGUAGACAUGGAAGAAUUUGAACAGGUUCAAAGCAUCAUACGAUCUCAAACCAGCAUGGGUAUGCGCCACCGGGACCGUUCCACUACAGGAAAUACACUUAAGACUGGCUUCAAUUCUGCUCUCACGACUUACUUCUUUGGAGCUGAUUUGAAAGGGAAAUUAACUAUCAAAAGCUUUUUGGAAUUUCAGCGAAAACUUCAGCAUGAUGUUCUGAAGUUAGAGUUUGAGCGCCAUGAUCCAGUGAAUGGACGAAUCACAGAGCGUCAGUUUGGUAGCAUGUUACUUGCGUAUAGCGGUGUGCAGUCGAGGAAGCUCAACCAAAUGCUCAAACGGAUAAAAAAGCAAUUCAAAGAUGCACAGGGAGUCAAUUUUGAAGAAGUGGAGAGUUUCUUCACAUUCUUAAAGAAUAUUAAUGAUGUAGACACGGCAUUGAGUUUCUACCACAUGGCUGGAGCAUCUCUUGAUAAAGCUACCAUGCAGCAGGUGGCCAGGACUGUAGCAAAGGUGGAGCUUUCUGACCAUGUCUGCAAUGUUGUCUUUGCACUUUUUGACUGCGAUGGAAAUGGGGAGCUGAGUAAUAAGGAGUUUGUCUCAAUCAUGAAGCAGCGGCUGAUGAGAGGCCUGGAGAAGCCUAAAGACAUGGGAUUUACUCGACUUGUGAGAGCCAUGUGGAAAUGUGCUCAGGACACAGCCUGGAACUUUGCUGUUCCUAAACAGAAAGGCACUGAAUGAGAUGCAACUGCAAAAACAGAACUGAGUGAAUUAAAAAUAAAUUGGGCAUCCUAUUUAUUUAUUAUUUGGGAAAAUACAGACUGGCUGGCCAAAAUUAGUCAAGAUUGAUAUAUUUUUGGUUUGACUGUGCCAUACUUUAAGAGGACAUUAUAUACAGAUACUGAGCGCAGGGAGAGGUUUGUAACAACAUUAAAUUUGCAAGUAAAAUGCAUUUGGCUUCUAUUGCCAGCUUGUUGUAUUCAGUCAUCUGAUGUAUUUUGUUUUUAUUAAAGAAGCAAUCAUUCAUCA